AUGCAUCACCUGACCACGGCACUAAGGCCCGGUCCUUUCGUCAACAGCUUAUGUAAGAAGCCACCCCGGGACUUGGACGACCUGAGGCAGAGGGCCACAAAAUACAUGCAAAUGGAGGAAUUGGUCGAGUUUCGGAGUCAAAUCCGACCCGACCUUUUCCUCGGGAAGAAAGAAAGUGACAAGGAGCCCCCCAGAUCCCGUCCCCGCGACGUACCUGACCGUGAGAAGAAUAACAGGGGGCCAAGAUACAUGCAGUACACGCCACUUAACACCAGCAGGGCCAAGGUGUUGGAGCAGGCCUUAGCCACAGAAGUCAUGGCUGUACCCCGAAGAGCUAUGACUCCGCCCCAUGCGGAUAAAUCAAAAGCGUGCCAGUUCCACAGAAAUCGAGGACACACCACUGAGGAAUGCUCUGCACUUCGAGACCGCAUUGAAGACCUCGUCAAAGCUGAACACCUUCAAAGCUUCGUUCGAUCUUCGAAUGGAAGAAAGCACGACUACCAUUCUGAUAAGAGAGAAUAUAGAAGAGAGAACCGAGACAGAGCACCUUUGAGGGACAGAUCUCAUGAACGAAGCAAGUCUCAAGAAAGAAACAACCGGAAACAAGACCAAAAUCAACCCAGGCGGGUAAUAAACACCAUUGCGGGAGGAUUUGCAAAAGGAGGAAGCACGUCCUCAGCCCGUAAAAGACACUUGAGGGCAAUCAAAUCGGUAAACGCCGUAGGCCGGACAGCUUCGGUCCAUAUGCCCCCUAUUACAUUUACCGAUCAAGAUUUCCAAGGAGUCGACCCAGUGCAAGAUGAUCCCAUGUUCAUCAGUGUGGAGAUCAACAACUGUAUUGUGAACAAGACGCUUGUUGAUCAAGGAAGUUCGGCCGAUAUCUUAUAUUGGAAGACCUUUUAA